UUCUGCAAAUCAAAAUCCUUUCUAAUUCCGGUACUAAAUGCCUCGUCACCCUUCUUAUCCGUUCUUCAAUUUCCCCACAUUUAAAGUCCCCUCCUUUCCUUCCCCUUUUCAGGACCCAUCGUCGCCCCUUCAGUCAAAAUCUCUUCUUCCUGUUUUCCUGCAUUCCCCACGUUAUCGUGCAGGAGUGCGGCGCGUUGAGCUGAGAAGAAAGAUAUGCGGAUAGAAGAGAGCGAAGGCGUCUCGGCGUCGAGGAAGCACCUCGUCUUCGCUUACUACGUCACCGGCCAUGGCUUCGGCCACGCCACUCGUGUUGUCGAGGUGGUAAGGAAUCUGAUUCUGGCUGGGCAUGACGUCCACGUGGUUACGGGUGCUCCUGAUUUUGUGUUCACUUCAGAGAUACAGUCUCCCCGGCUCUUCAUCCGCAAGGUACUUCUGGACUGCGGUGCAGUCCAAGCUGAUGCAUUGACGGUUGAUCGGCUUGCUUCCUUGGAGAAGUACUCAGAGACGGCAGUUAUACCCCGGGAAUCCAUUCUGGCAACUGAGGUAGAGUGGCUCAAUAGCAUCAAAGCUGACUUAGUGGUUUCAGAUGUUGUUCCAGUUGCUUGCCGUGCUGCAGCUGAAGCUGGCAUUCGAUCCGUUUGUGUCACCAACUUUAGUUGGGAUUUCAUAUAUGCAGAGUAUGUAAUGGCGGCUGGGAAUCAUCACCGUUCAAUAGUUUGGCAGAUUGCAGAGGACUAUUCUCAUUGCGAGUUCCUGAUCCGUCUCCCUGGAUAUUGCCCCAUGCCGGCAUUCCGUGAUGUCAUCGAUGUACCCCUAGUUGUCAGGAGGUUGCAUAAGUCCCGCAAAGAGAUAAGAAAGGAACUUGCCAUUGAAGAAGAUGUGAAGGUUGUUAUCCUUAACUUUGGUGGACAGCCGUCUGGCUGGAAGCUGAAGGAGGAGUUUUUGCCCCCUGGUUGGUUGUGCCUGGUGUGUGGUGCAUCUGAUACACAAGAGCUUCCACCAAAUUUCAUAAAACUAGCGAAAGAUGCCUACACACCUGAUGUUAUGGCAGCAUCGGACUGCAUGCUAGGAAAGAUUGGGUAUGGGACUGUUAGUGAAGCCUUGGCGUACAAAUUACCAUUUGUGUUUGUACGGAGAGAUUAUUUUAAUGAAGAGCCAUUCUUACGGAAUAUGCUUGAGUAUUAUCAAGGUGGUGUCGAGAUGAUUCGAAGAGAUUUACUAACUGGGCACUGGAAACCUUACCUUGAACGUGCAAUCAGCUUAAAACCAUGUUAUGAGGGUGGGAUUAAUGGUGGUGAGGUCGCAGCUCAUAUUAUACAAGAGACAGCUAUUGGGAAGAACUAUGCCUCGGAUAAGUUGAGUGGCGCAAGAAGAUUACGGGAUGCAAUAGUUCUAGGAUAUCAACUACAAAGGGCCCCUGGAAGGGAUAUACUCGUCCCAGAAUGGUAUGCAAAUGCUGCAAAUGAACUUAGUAAGUCUACAGGGUCAUCAACUGUGUCAGCAGCUGAGGGUGGACACCUAAUGAGCUCAUAUAUAGAAGAUUUUGAAAUUCUUCAUGGUGACCUUCAAGGCCUGCCAGAUACAAUGAGCUUCUUGAAGAGCAUGGCAGAGCUAGAUGCUAUAAAUGAAUAUGAAAAGAAUUCAGAGAAGCGUCAAAUGCGGGAGCGUAAAGCUGCUGCAGGACUUUUCAAUUGGGAGGAAGAUAUCUAUGUGGCUAGAGCGCCCGGUAGGUUGGAUGUGAUGGGAGGCAUAGCUGACUAUUCAGGAAGCCUUGUAUUACAGUUGCCUACAAGAGAAGCUUGUCAUGUUGCCGUGCAGAGGAAUGAUCCUAACAAACAUAAGCUCUGGAAACAUGCCCAGGAAAGGCAAAAUACAAAGGGCCAACAACCUACCCCUGUUCUUCAGAUUGUAAGUUGGGGAUUAAAGCUCUACUCUUCUAUGUUUCUCAAGCCAUCCUUCCUCAGACAAUCCUCUGAGGAGCAAUGGCUAACAGUGUCUUAUGGGUCUGAGUUAAGCAAUCGUGGCCCGACUUUUGACAUGGAUUUAUCUGAUUUCAUUGAAGAUGGGCAGCCAAUACCAUAUGAGAAGGCAAAGAAAUACUUUGCUCAAGAUCCAUCACAAAAGUGGGCAGCAUAUGUUGCAGGGACCAUUUUGGUUUUGAUGAAAGAACUAGGUGUGCGAUUUGAAGAUAGCAUCAGCAUGCUGGUUUCUUCUGCUGUCCCUGAAGGCAAAGGUGUGUCUUCUUCAGCCUCUGUGGAAGUCGCAAGCAUGUCUGCUAUUGCUGCUGCUCAUGGAUUGAGCAUCAGCCCAAGAGAUAUUGCGUUGCUCAGCCAAAAGGUGGAGAACCACAUCGUUGGAGCCCCUUGUGGUGUAAUGGAUCAGAUGACUUCAGCAUGUGGUGAAGCUAACAAGCUUCUGGCUAUGGUUUGCCAGCCUGCUGAGGUAAUUGGGCUAGUUGAAAUCCCUAACCAUAUUCGUUUCUGGGGCAUUGAUUCCGGGAUACGUCACAGUGUUGGUGGUGCAGACUAUGGAUCUGUGAGAAUUGGAGCCUUCAUGGGUCGGAAGAUCAUAAAAUCCUUAGCAUCUGACGUGGUGUCUAAAUCAUCUGACUUCAGUAAUGGUUUCGUCCAUGAUGAACUGGAAGAUGAUGGUGUGGCACUACUAGAAGCUGAAGCAUCAUUAGAUUACUUGUGCAACUUGGCACCACACAGAUAUGAAGCCCUAUAUGCAAAGAUGCUUCCUGAGACACUGCUGGGUCAGGAAUUCCUGAAUAGGUACAUUGAUCACAGCGAUCCCGUUACAUCGAUUGAUACAAACCGGAAAUAUGUGGUUAGAGCGCCAGCUAAACAUCCCAUCUAUGAGAAUUUCCGAGUGAAGAACUUCAAAGCAUUGCUUACUUCUACAACGUCGGAUGAUCAACUCACAGCUCUAGGAGAAUUACUGUAUCAGUGUCAUUACAGCUACAGUGCGUGCGGGCUAGGCACAGACGGAACAGAUAGGCUUGUAAGGAUGGUCCAGGAAAUGCAGCAUAGUUCCAAGUCGAAAUCUGAAGGUGGGACGUUAUACGGAGCCAAAAUAACCGGUGGAGGCUCUGGUGGCACUGUUUGUGUUAUUGGUAGGAACUCCUUGUGCAGCAGCCAACAAAUUCUAGAGGUUCAGCAGAAGUACAAAGUAGCAACUGGGUAUUUGCCAUUUAUCUUUGAGGGGUCUUCUCCUGGAGCUGGGAAGUUUGGAUACUUGAGAAUUCGUCGACGGUAGCCCACCACCUUUCCCACUGAUCACCUGUUUAUGUCAGCUGCUCCUUAUAGUUAGCUGCCUUCAGACUUCAGUCACUCUCGCAACUUCUUCACACACGACACGAUGACCUCGAAAUGACAUUCUGGUCGAUAGAUAUAGCAUAGUUCAGCUAAGUUAGUUUUGAGAAUAAGAUUACUAGGCAGCAAUUAAGCCGUGUGUUAGAGUAUUCAUUAAAUUGAGAAGGAUGAACAAAACAAACCCUUGUUGUACAAGUUUUUGCUUUUAAUGUUAAAACGUGUUUGGCCUUGGUCGAUCAGGGGUAUUCUUUUUAUAUAUAAAAGCUGGGUACGCUUUUUGCCCGUUACUGUAUCACUUUUCGUCGUUUAGUGGGUUUCAAAGGCUUUUACUGAACGACUUCCCAUUCACCUCUUCGCCCACCUACUGACUUCUGGCUUCCCCAAAUCCAGCGAGCGGCCAUUCCU